CCCUUUAUAUAUAUAUUUUUCUAAUCAGGAAAAUAGAUUACAAUGUGGGGCUUUGCUUUUCUUAAUAGCGAGGCCAGCUGUAUCUUGGUAUCGAAGGUCAAGUGCCAACUUUCCUUUUCUGGACAGCCAAUAGCUGGAAUACAAACAAGAAGCAGAGUCGCUUGGCGACCAUAAUUAGCCUCCUGAAUAAACAAAUAAAUAGUCGGUCAUCUAGGGAAAAGCUCAAAAGGAAAUGGCACGAGAGGCAAGCCCAAAGAUAAUUUACUAUAGUAGAAGAAUCAAGACAGCCCAACGCGAAAUCUGUAGAUAGCCACGUGGGACUAAACCGGCGCAGGCCAUAUACAUCAUCCCUUGCGCAUUUCUCCCCACGGGGCUAAAGAUCGAAUGGUUUUAUAUCCCAACAUCCGGUUCUCAAUUGCAGCUAGUAGUCCUCCAUAUGCGGGGUACGACCACUAUUAAUACGUAGAACUUAAGGUAAAAAAACCCAAAAUGCUUGAAGUUUAGUUGUUGGUAAAGUCAUAAAGCAGAAGCCAGACACCUCGGCAGGUUAUGCAUGGUGGAGUCCUUGGGUUAUGCAUGGUUUAAGUUCAAUGAAAGAAAACGUUGAGCUUGUUGUGGUUCUUCCAUUCUGAGGACCCGCGUAAUUUAGAUUCGUUCUUCGGAAACGUUGGAACCCCUGGACACGUUUGUAGAUUAUUACUGUGUGAAAUUCAGCAGACAGAUUUUCCCACGGAGAUAGAUAUAGCAGUGAAGAAAGCAAAGCCGGUUAAACUUGUGCUUCUCUUGGAGAAGGGUGGAGAGGCACAAUUCAACAGGAAGUGAGAGAAUAGGUAUUUGACGGAGGAGCCCCAUUUCUUCCAAACCUUGUAACGAACGGCAUCCUUUCAUUCUCCUCCUCUCACUUAGCACUUCUAUUAAUAUCCACCCUCAGUGUCUUUUGCCCUUCACUGAGGAUUCCGUUCAUAACCGGAAGCUGAAGCAAGAGGAAAGCUAGUUCUCUGAUUGGAUUGCGAUCCACUCCGCAGCUGGUCGCCCGGGAAGAAAAAGUCCCGCCCGCGUCCUCGUGUGCUUUGCAUCCUCUUUGGGGGAGUUGCAGAACGGUGGAUUCCAUCCAGACCAACAGCAAGUAAAAGGAAGCAGUUGAUUAAUUGUCGGCAUCCAAAGAUCAAGGGAAGGCACCGAAGCCACGAUGGCGUGCUGGUGGCGAAGGCUGGGUUUGCGGGCACUGCAAGGGGAGUCUUGGGCAUCGCUCCGGACCAAGAUGAGAGAGGAUCGACCCUUACGCGACGCUGGGAGAAAAGGGCUCUUUGGGGUGCCGGGGACCGGCGUCAGUUAUUCCAAGGCGCACCGGUACCAGCUGCAAGGUGCGCCGACGGUCGAGUCCCGAAGCGUCAGUCGCCGAGUGUUUUCUAGUUCGGCAAGGGACAGAGACGGAGGGGAUGAGCCACAAGAACAGGGCAGCCCUAAAUCGUCGCAGGACUCCUUUAGGUCGACGGAGACAAGCAGGGCUUGGAGAAGGUCGCUGUCGCCCUUAGAAAGGCUGAGCCGGAUGAUUCCCGAGGAGCUCCUUUCUGCGGAGAUCAGAUCCCUGAGAAGCGCGCAAGAGAAGGAAUCCAAGCCGCAGGAACACGAAACCGGCGCCGCAGAAGAGGGGGUCUUUCCUGGGUCAGAUUCCCAGCUGGAUCGAGGCUCGCUGUCCGAGAAAAUCCAGAAUGCGCCCUCCAGAAACCGUCCCUUCCGAGUUGGGGAGCUGAUCCUAGUAGAGGCUCGCCGAAAACACGGCUCGGCAUUCAAGACCCAAUUCCUGCUCACCGAUACCGGAAUGUGUAAUACUCAUUUGGGUUUCAUUAGAUUCUCUGCAAUCGUAGGCAGACUCCCCGGGCAGCUGUUCCAAACGUCCCGGGGUAAAAUCUUGCUAAUUAGGAGGCCGUCCUUAGAAGAAUACGUGCUGUUGAUGGAUCGAAAACCUGCCGUCAUCAGUCCGAAGGAUGCCAAUACAAUGCUGCUGCUAAUGGAUAUCACUCCAGGGGACACAGUAUUGGAAGCUGGUUCUGGUUCUGGCAGUAUGAGUUUAUUUCUAUCAAAAGCAGUUGGGUCACAAGGACGUAUUAUAAGUUAUGAAAUCAGAAAGGAGCAUCACAAAUUAGCAAAGAAGAAUUUUUGGCAGUGGCGUAAUGCAUGGAAAAUAGGGCAUGCUAAAGAGUGGCCAGAUAAUGUGGUUUUCAUUAAUCAAGAUAUUUUGACUGCAGCUGAGGAUUUGAAAUCUGUAACAUUUGAUGCAGUAGCUCUGGACAUGCUUUCCCCUCAGAAUGCUUUGCCUGCAGUUUUCCCAAGUCUCAAACAAGGGGGGGUCUGUGUUGUAUACUUCACAAAUAUCACUCAGGUUAUUGAACUGAUUGAAACAGUCCGGAUCAGGAAAUUAGCCCUUUUCUGUGAAAAAGUUUUAGAAGUAACACAUAGAGAUUGGCUAAUAUGCCCAGCUACAUGGGAAAAGAGAAAUGUUUUUGAAAAUAUAGCAUCUGAGCUAAACUUCAAUAAUGAAACUGCUUGUCAUUAUGAAAAUGAUGUUUCUGCUGAAGAGAGAGGAAAUGAAGUUCUUGUUUCAGCCAAUGUAAAACCAUGGUAUAUUGCUAAGCCUUUCCCACAUCAAGUUGGUCAGACAGUAUUCCUUGUCAAGCUGAGGAAAUUUAAUUCACUAUAUCCAAACACUGCUCUAGAUGGUAUGGGCCAAUCUGAAGAUUGUACUUCAUCAGAAAUAACACAUUAAAUUGUGUUCUGCUAUGUGUAUGAUUUGGGAAACAUUGGAUGUGUUUUAUAUUGACUAAGAUACAGUAUGUUUCAAUACAGUAUUGUGUUUUUAACAAAUAAAAUAAAAGAAUAAUAAACUUAGACAACAAA